AUGCGUUUGAUAAACUGCCCCGUCUGUCAGAGAAAAGUCGACAUCGCGCUCAUUAAUAAACAUCUGGAUACCUGCACAGAACAGCCCGAAAGUGUCCCGCCACCAGCCGCUCCGGCUCCAGCCACAGAGACCGCCCCUGAGCUAACGUCGCAGCCUGCCAAAUCGGUCUCCUCGCUGCUGACCGGUACCAAGUCCACCAAAAAGUCUUCUUAUAAGUACGAGAACAGCCAAAAACGGACUCUUUCAGACAGCCAGUCGCUGUCGUCGGACCACGAAGGGAACACAUCAAUUGAGAUCGUUGAGCCGGAGCCCAAGGUGCGAAAAACCGAUCCUGCUGACGAGCUACGUCUUUUGAAGGCACAAGCAAAAUUGCCCCUGGCAGAGCGUCUUCGGCCCUCCAGCCUCGAAGACUACAUCGGACAGGAACAUCUGGUCGGCGAGGGAGGCAUUCUCCGAGGGUUUAUCCAGAACGAUCGCGUUCCAUCGCUCAUAUUAUGGGGAUAUCCGGGCACAGGCAAGACGACGCUGGCACGAUUAAUCUCGCACGCUACUAAAUCGCGAUUUAUUGAGCUCAGCGCGACGUCCAACGGAAUCAGCGAUUGCAAACGCGUUUUCGAAGAGGCACGCAACGAGUACAAGCUGACGAAAAGACACACCAUAGUAUUCAUUGACGAGAUCCAUCGGUUCAACAAGGCGCAACAGGACAUUUUUCUGCCCCAUGUUGAGAAGGGCACCAUCACGCUUGUGGGCGCAACGACAGAAAACCCGAGUUUCCAGCUCAACAGCGCUCUUCUGUCGCGUUGCAGAGUUUUUGUGCUCAACAGACUCACCUCCGACGAACUCCAUAAGAUCGUGUCCAAAGCGCUUUUGGUGAUCAACAAAACGCGCAAACUGGUUCAUAACGUCCCAAUUCUGCGAUUCAACAAAGAGGCAAUUGGCUAUAUCUGCAAUAUAGCAGAUGGAGACUCACGGAGUGCCUUGAACCUGCUGGAGCUCGCAGACUCGCAUUUCAUGACGAACUACAGUUUGGAGCCAGGCAAACAUGUGAUAGAGGUCAAUGCUGAGCAAUUGAGAGAAGUUCUGAAGCGUACCCACAUGGUCUACGACCGCGUGGGCGACGCACACUAUGAUACCAUAUCUGCGUUCCACAAAUCCAUCAGAGGAUCCAAUGCCGACGCUGCCAUGUACUAUCUGGGGCGAAUGCUGAAAGGGGGCGAGAAUCCGCUCUAUAUCGCCCGGAGAAUGAUACGAAUAGCAAGCGAGGACGUCGGCGUGCUUGACGAUUCGUGCCUGCCGUUCGCCAUAGCGACGUACCAGGCCGUGCAGUUUGUUGGGCUUCCCGAGGCUGAUUUAGCGCUGGUGCAUUGCGCGGUGAAACUAGCACGAGCACCAAAAUCUGUGGAGAUAUACAGAGGCUGGAACGAGCUGAAUGCUAAGCUCGACUCUGAGCCGGAAUUUGCGUCGGCGUCCAUCCCGCUACAUUUGCGCAAUGCGCCGACGAAGCUUAUGAAAGAGGUUGGCUACUCGAAAGGUUACAAAUACAAUCCGGACUACAAGGACGGACGGGUCAAGCAGGAAUAUUUUCCAGAACAAAUUGGAGAGAUGCAGUUCCUCACAGGACAGCAUCUUGGCCUCACGCCAGAUCCGGAUCUGUAG